UCGGCGUCGAAAGAGAUUUGAGAUUCUGUAAGUAACUCAGUGAGUUCUUUCUAAGAAGGGGGGCUUGGCUUGGAAAAAUAAAAUGAAAUACGAACAACCGCGCUGGUCGUAAUAGAUCGACUUUCAUGCUAGUUCUUGCUCCAGUAUGAAAGUUCCAUUUCAGGGAAGGACGGCAUACCAUGAUACUUUCUGUUUUGUCGAGCCCUGCUUUGGUCUCUGGUUUGAUGGUUGCACGUGCUAAAAAUCCGGUACAUUCCGUUUUGUUUCCCAUCCUAGUCUUUCGCGAUACUUCAGGGUUACUUCUUUUGUUAGGUCUCGACUUCUCCGCUAUGAUCUUCCCAGUAGUUUAUAUAGGAGCUAUAGCCGUUUUAUUCCUAUUCGUUGUUAUGAUGUUCCAUAUUCAAAUAGCGGAGAUUCACGAAGAAGUCUUGCGCUAUUUACCAGUGAGUGGUAUUAUUGGACUGAUCUUUUGGUGGGAAAUGUUCUUCAUUUUAGAUAAUGAAACCAUUCCAUUACUACCAACCCAAAGAAAUACGACCUCUCUGAGAUAUACAGUUUAUGCCGGAAAGGUACGAAGUUGGACUAAUUUGGAAACAUUGGGCAAUUUACUUUAUACCUACUAUUUCGUCUGGUUUUUGGUUCCUAGUCUUAUUUUAUUAGUAGCCAUGAUUGGGGCUAUAGUACUGACUAUGCAUAGGACUACUAAGGUGAAAAGACAGGAUCUAUUUCGACGAAAUGCUAUUUCUUUUAGGAGGACUAUAAUGAAGAGGACGACAGCCCCACUCACGAUCUACUAA